UAACAUCCUCAUUAGGAGCCAAGCACAAUACCCCAUGAAACAGCAAGAAAUGGGUUCCUUAAGCUGAAACCCUCCCUCUCUCUCUGCAUCUCUCUCUCUCUCUCUCUCUCUCUCCACCAUGAGACGCCAUGGCUGGCAGUCCCCUCUUCAUACUCUACAGAUUGUUGCCAUUACAUUCUACUGUCUGCUUGUUGCUGCAUUCUACUCCUUCUUAGGACCACUCCUUGGCAACAGAGUAGCGGAAAACACAGUACUUUCCCUCUUCUCCUUUGUGGCACUUUCAGUUAUGGUGUUCUUCAUCAGGUGCACUGCCAUUGAUCCUUCUGAUAAGACCAGUUUAAAGAAGAAGAAAGCAGGGGAAAAAAGCUAUGGCUUACCAAAGCUUAACUACUGGGGUAUCUUGGUCCAGAUUUUUCACAGGUUUUUCAGGAAGAUUGAGAGGAAAAUACUAAGGCGUUUUAUUAGGAGAAGAUACAUGGACCCGUGGUUUUCACCUGUUCAAAUGGAUCCUUUUGUGCCAUUUCUUCUUCUUGCAAAGGAUGAAGUGGUAACUCCUGAAGCUAAAGGUGACGAAACCACGUUCUGUUCUCUCUGCAACAUUGAGGUGAAGAAGAACAGCAAACACUGUAAAAGCUGUAAUAGAUGUGUUGAAGGGUUUGAUCAUCAUUGCAGGUGGCUGAACAAUUGCAUUGGGAAAAAGAACUACACGACCUUCAUUCUCAUGAUGGUCUUCGUCAUGCUAAUGCUAAUUAUUGAAGGAGGGUCAGGAAUUGCCAUUUUUGUAAGGUGCUUCGCAGAUCAUAAGGGAAUUGUGAGAGAGAUGAAACUGAAACAUUACAAUAAGUUUCCUACAGGAUUACUUGCAGCGAUUGCGGCCUGUAUAACUGUGCUUACAGCUUAUACAUCAGUUGCAUUGGGCCAACUUUUCUUCUUUCAUGUGGUCCUCAUUCGAAAGGGCAUGAGAACUUAUGAUUAUAUAUUGGCAAUGAGAGAAGAAAGGGAAGCAACUGAAUUAUUUUAUGAUUCCGAUUCUUCAUCUGAUGAUGACUUUGAGCUCGAUUCACCCCAAAGAAGCAGUUUCAUUUCAAGAUUUAUAUGCAAAGGAUGUCAAACAAAUCAGACCAGAAGACUUUCAAUUAGGAUUGACCUGAGCUCUGACCUGUCAAACACCAAGAACCCCAACUCCCACCCAAGUAUCAACCCAUGGAGACUGCUAAAGAUGAGCAAAGAAAAAGCUAUAAUGGCAGCCGAGAAAGCAAGAGAGAGAAUCUCAAACCAGCCAAAAACCACAGAGAAUGACGUCAAAAUCGAUUCCACAAAACCUGAAGAGCCUCAGAAUAUGAAGUUGGAUCUCAUCAAGAGCCAAAUUUUGCUAACCCCACUCCCUUUGGAAAGAACACUUAUUUUUCCUGCCGCUUUUUCAAGUCCAAGAAGAAGGAUUUCGAGCUCCCCAACUUCGUUUUCAGGCAAGCCAAGUGCCCUUAUGAUUUCUAGGAGGCAGAGCCCUCUGCAUUCUCCUCAUAAAUAUAAGACCCACUUCGAACCAAAGCUCAGUGAAGUAUCUAGACAACUGGAAAGUUAUAUAUCCCAACAGGUCCUUGGCUCAAUCUUGAAAAAGGGAAGGGAAUCAUCAGGAUGUGCCAGUUAAUCGCAGUAGGGAUUUAUCUUCUUUCUCAGUCUUUGAGAAAAAUUCUAUAUACCAAGAUUAUUGAUUUUUUGCAUAAUUUCUGAUAAUUUUUUUUAUUGGAAAUUGGGUGCUUUAUUAAGGGAAAGGAUCCUUCUUCACGAUGAAGAGGUGUUUUAUUCA